AUGGUCAGGAUGCCGCAGCAGGAACUGCAGCAGGCAGUCCCGCAGCAGAGGAUCCAGGUUUUGGCGUGUCUUCGAUGGCUUAUAAGAAGAUAUGUUUAUCAAAAUUUGAACGAUGAUCAACUUCUCAAAUUGUUUCCUCGUGAUCUUUCGUUACACUUGCAAACCAUUCUUUUACGUUCUUUCCAGAAAAAUCGAGAUUGUUGGAAGCAAGAUUUAUCUUCACAACAGGAUUUGUUGUCAAGGACAAGUGUUUCUUAUCAGGUCACAGCAAAUGUCCCCCCAUCUUUUUCCUCCGCACCUUCUUCCUCAAUGUCAACAUCUCUGUGGCCACGUCAAGACGGCGAUUCUCUUGCCCAGAUGAACUGCGGUAAUUUGGGAUUACCAACACCACUUGUUGCUGAUGUUAAUGUCUCGGGGCUGCCUGCAUGCUUCCAAUCUUCUGAGAACUUGGUUCUUGAGGAAAACUUUCCUUCCCUCAAAUCAAUGACUUGGACAAUGGAGAACCGUGGCUCAUCCCCUGCAGAUAGAGUAGCAAUAAUCAGCCUUAAGCUGCAUGAUUAUAGCAAAUCUCCAUUAGGCGAAACAGAGGUUAAGUUUCAGGUUACAAGGGAUACACUUGAGGCUAUGCUGAGAUCCAUGACAUACAUCAGUGAACAACUAAGGGCUGUGCCGACUUCUUCCCGGCUAGCAACCAAGAAACAAAAGCAGUAACUUGUUUUCUUGUAAUUGGCUCAUAAGUUAGGAAUACUUAAUAAGAUAGUAUCUCAUACUUUUAGACAACGACACCAAAAAAUAGAGCUAGUAAAAGAGAACAUCUUGUAAUGGCAUUUUAUUUUAUGGAUGCCAUUGAGUAAACUCCCUGCUUGUUGUAAACAGAUUCUCUUUCUUAAGAUUUGUGUACAAGUGAAGAUGUGUUUACUGUAUAGAAAACUCUAAAUUCUAAAAGAUGCAAACUGGUUCAGAUUAUGGAAAGCAAUCCUAAGGAAAAUUUUGAUUUUGGUAUGA